GCAAGUGCGGACGUUUUUGCACGUGCAAUCCAAUCAUGGUGGCCUGUAAAGGUGUGUGGACCCAGCCAUUUUGGAAGGCAGUCAUUGGUGAAUUUCUGGCUAUGUUUAUAUUUGUUCUUCUCAGCCUUGGUUCGACCAUUAAUUGGAGUAAAAAAGAAAACCCUCAACCUGCAGAUCUGGUCCUUAUUUCACUUUGCUUUGGACUAAGCAUUGCAACCCUAGUGCAGUGUUUUGGACAUAUAAGUGGAGGCCAUAUUAACCCCGCAGUUACUAUUGCAAUGGUUUGUAUGAGGAAGAUCAGCCUUGCAAAGUCAGCCUUUUAUAUUGUUGCACAGUGUUUGGGUGCCAUCGCAGGAGCUGGAAUCCUUUAUGUAGUCACUCCAUCUGAUGUUGCUGGAGGUUUGGGAGUUACUGAGGUGAAUGCAAAGCUUUCUCCUGGUCAUGGGCUCCUGGUUGAAUUGAUAAUUACUUUCCAGUUGCUUUUUACCAUUUGUGCAAGUUGUGAUUCAAAGCGCAAUGAUAUCACUGGAUCAGUAGCACUCGCAAUUGGAUUUUCUGUGGCAAUAGGUCAUCUGUUUGCUAUCAACUACACAGGAGCCAGCAUGAAUCCAGCUAGAUCAUUUGGUCCAGCUGUCAUCAUGAACAAAUGGGAAAACCACUGGGUCUACUGGGUUGGGCCAGUUGUUGGUGCUGUUUUCGCAGGAUGCCUUUAUGAAUAUCUUUUCUGUCCUGAUGUUGAAAUAAAGAAUCGCUUAAAAGAAGUCUUAAAUAAAGCAUCACAACAAAGCAAAGGCAAGUAUAGUGAAGUAGAAGAAAGCAAAAGUCAAAUUGAAUCGGAUGAUUUGUUGCUGAAACCAGGCAUUGUUCAUGUCUUGGAUGAGAAAAAAGGAAAAGAUCCGUCUGGAGAAGUGUUAUCUUCUGUAUGA